AUGGACGCAAACAAUGCUAACUUUGUUGCUAGUGAUACAUCUAAAAAGAAUAAGCGAAAACUUGUUUUGGAUAAUACUACCUUUAUGGUGUUCAUUGAUUUGUGCAUGAAUGAGGUUAAAAAUGGGAAUAGACCUGGUAAUCACUUAAAUAAGCUUGGGUGGGGAAACAUAGAGAAGAAGAUUAAGGAAUGGACAGGAAAACCUUUUGACAAGAAGCAACUUAAAAACAAAUGGGACACUAUGAAGAAAGAAUGGAAGUUGCACGAUCAUUUAAUGAGGAUUGAAUCUGGCAUUGGAUGGGAUCCCGUAAGAAAGACAAUUGUUGCAUCACCAGAGUGGUCGGACGAAAAAAUAAAGGCGAAUGAAGACCUGGAGCAGUGGAGUCUUCAUGACGUAUACGACACCUUGCAAGCACAGGAGCAAGAUGUGCGGAAGGCCAAUGUCGUUCUGGGUGGACCUCUGGCUCUAGUCUCUGACUCUAAAGAGAUUGGGUGCAGUCAACCACACAGAGAAAGGAGAUUGAAGGAGGAGAAAAGAAGAGGAAAGAAGGCUCUUGUUGUGGAGAGCGAUGAUGAAGACAAAGCUUCAAGAUCUGAAGAUGAUGACAUUAGUGCAUUUGCACAUUCCUCGGCUUUAAUCACCAAGGAUGUUGGGUUCAAGAUUAGAGYUUAA